AUGUUUGAUGGCGCUUCUGAUGUACUCGGACACGGGAUUGGUACUAUAUUGAUUUCUCCAGAGAAGCAAUAUAUCUCAAUCACAACUAGAUUAUUAUUUGAUUGUACAAACAAUGUAGCUGAAUAUGAAGCAUGUGCUAUAGGAAUUCAAGCAGGUAUAGAGUCAAAGAUCAAAAUUCUUGAGGUGUAUGGUGACUCAGCUUUGAUGAUCCACCAGUUGAAAGGUGAAUGGGAGACUCGAGAUACAAAAUUGAUCCCUUAUCAAGCUUAUAUUAGACAAUUGGUGAAGUAUUUUGAUGAGGUUACGUUCCAGCACCUUCCUCGUGAGGAGAAUCAAUUGGCUGAUACUUUAGUCACUUUGUCAUCUGUAACACCCUUUUUUCAUUUUUUGCGUGUUACAUCAUCAAUGUUUGUAGUGAUUCAAAAGGAAGACAUGUCAUUCAUAAAGAUGCAACAACUUGAUCAUCCCGUCUAUUAUCAAAUGAUUGAAGAAGAAUCUGAUGAAACACAAAAGAUCAUGGAAGAAAUUCAUGAAGGUUCAUUUGGGACUCACGUCAAUGGACAUGCCAUGGCAAAGAAGAUUCUAAGGGCUGGAUAUUAUUUGUUGACAAUGGAGGCUAAUUGCUUUUGCUAUGGAAUUGAUGUUAUUGGACACAUUGAACCUAAAGUAUCUAAUGGUCAUCGCUUCAUUUUGGUUGCUAUUAACUAUUUCACAAAAUGGUUUGAGGCUACCUCAUAUGCUAGUGUGACCCAAAAUGUGGUGGUGAGAUUCAUUAAAAAGGAUUUGAUCUGUCAAUAUGGCCUCCCAAGCAAGUUAAUAAUAGACAACAACACUAAUCUCUAUAAUAAAAUGAUGAAAGAAUUGUAUGACAAUUCCAAGAUUCGACAUCAUAACUUCUUCCCUCAUCGUCCAAAGAUGAAUGAAGGGGUCAAAGCAACCAAAAAAAAUAUUAAGAAGAUCAUUCAAAAAAUGGUGAUGACAUACAAGGAUUGGCAUGAAAUGUUGCCAUUUGCCUUACAUGGAUAUCGAACUUCAGUUCGUACCUCAACUGGGGGCAACUCUAUACUUUGGUAUAUGGAAUGGAAGCAGUACUUCCUAUUGAGGUUGAAAUUCCCUCUUCAUGAGUAA